AAACGGCGGCGUGUACGUGGAACUCCCGGCAAACACGGUAAACCACUCGUCGUCAAUGUCAAGCCAGGAUCACAUUUCAUUUACCGAUACGCCGCCACGGAAGAUCAACUCCACGACGACCCUAACGUCGCCAUUUUCUUCAAGCCCACCGCCUUGCACAAAGGCACCACCAUGACCUUACACUUCAUCAAAACAGCAAACGACGCCACUUUCUUGCCCCGCUCCGAAGCUGAAAAAAUCCCAUUUUCCUCCCAGAAGAUAUCCCAGAUUCUCAACCAAUUCUCCAUAGCCCCCGACUCAGAAGAAGCCCAAGUAAUGAAACAAACCAUCACAGAAUGCGAAGAGCCAGUAAUCAAGGGAGAAGAGAAACAAUAUGCCACUUCAUUAGAAUCCAUGGUUGAUUUCUCCAAAUCCAAGCUGGGGAAGAAGGUCCGGGCAAUAUCCACCGCGGCCGGUGGCCAAACAUCCAUGCAAAAAUACACCAUUUUCGGUGUCGAAAAGAUUCAAAACAACGACAAAGCUGUUGUCUGCCACAAGCAAAACUAUACAUACGUUGUUUUCUACUGCCACAAGACACAGACCACCGAGGCUUACACGGUUUCUCUGGUCAGAGCUAAUGGGGCUAAGGUUAAAGCCGCGAUCGUUUGUCACAAAGAUACUUCGGCUUGGAAUCCUAAGCAUUUGGCCUUCCAAGUGCUUAAGGUUAAGCCCGGAACUGUGCCCAUCUGCCAUUUCCUUCCAGAGGAUCAUAUUGUCUGGAUUGCUAACUAAGCUAGAUCGUCUCGGCUUUCUUGAAUGCUUUAGCCAUUUUAAUGUUUCAAGAUGCUCUUUUUUUUUUUUUUUUUU